ACCAGCUGAAAAAUACUUUAAAACAAUAAUUAUUGAUAAAAAAAUGGAAGAAUCGGAAUCCCAAUCAAUUUCGCUAAACCAAUGUGAAGACAAUGAGGACAAAGAAAACCAGCCUGGUCAAGAUCAAUCUGAUCCUAACCAAGCACCUCCUCUCCAAAGUUCAACUAAUCUAGAACCCCUAGGGGCUAAAGAUCCUACUAAAUGCCCCUUCUCGUUGAGAGAGCACAUUGACUGUAAAGACACUGAAGAUAAAUGGCUUAAUGCAGAGAUCAUAGCGAUAAGCGGCAAGAAAGUGCAUGUCCAUUACUCAGGAUUUUCUGAUAGAUGGAAUGAGUGGAUCCAAUGGGACUCUCCCAGACUUCUUAAACAAUGGCGACCUGGGAGGUCAUUUCAGAUUAAUAACAGAAUUGAUGUUAUAGACACUCAAAACAAAUGGCUCGAAGCUUUUGUAAUCGAGAUAAAAGAAGAAGACAAAGUAAUCAGAGUUCAUUACAAAGGAUUCACUGCCAAAUGGGAGGAAGAUCUUCCAAUAGAUUCUGAUAGAAUAGCACAGAUUGGAUAUCAUUCUAAAGCAAAUGGGUCUGGAAGAAAAUUAAGACCAGGAAAUUUAGCCACUGAAAAUGAAGAAAACACACAAGACAGUGAAGAAUUAACUAAACAGAGAAAUGCCAGAAAAGAAAAAGAAGAUCAAUUUAGGGAUGAUCUUGAUGCAGUCGGCCUAAGAAUCAUCUCAAUUGGAGCAGAUGGAAAUUGCAUGUUUAGAGCAUUGUCUCACCAAGUUUAUGGAACUGAGGAUCACUUUAAGUACAUCAGGAGAAGAACAAUGGAUUAUUGUCAGAAAGAAAAACUUUACUUUAAAGACUUUGUUCCUGAUGAAUAUAACUCAGUUGAUGAAUACAUUGAACAUCACAGAAUGAAUGGAGUUUGGGGAGACAACUUGGAACUUCAAAUUUUAUCUGAACUAUAUAGCUGAAAAAUUAUUAUUUAUGCUUAUAGUGCUGAGCCUAUCUUAGUCAUGGGAGCAACUAAUCAAGAUGAUAGAGUUGUAAGGCUGAGCUAUCACCAAAGGUCUCAUUAUAAUUCCGUCAUUCCCAAAGAUGCAGGGAAUUCGAAAGCCUGGAUCCUAUCUGAUACAUUGGGAUACCUUGAGGAUAUCGCUUUUGCAGGAAGAGAAUUUCAAGAAGGAGCAGAUCCUGAAUCAGAUGAACUCUCUCCUGAAAUGAUAAGACUACAGAAUAGUGGACAUACUAUCGACCAAAUUAGAAAUGCUGUUGAGGCAUCAAGAAGAGGGUUCGCUGAAGAAUUUCAGAGAGAUUUAGAUUCUGUAUUGGAAGAAUCUAGAAGAAUGUACGAAGAGUCUAAUAAUUCAGAAUUUCUAGAAGAACAAAAGGCUAUUGAAGAAUCUAAGAGAAUCUUUGAAGGGGGAGAAAAUGAAAAUAUUCAGAUAAACCAAGCAAUUAGAGAAUCUUUACAAUUUACUGAAGGAGCUCUACCAACUACUAAUCCAACAACAGAGGAGGAUGAAAUUCAAGCGGCAAUGCUUGUUAGUGCAAUGAGUAGCUUAAGCACUGAGGCAUACAACAGAAGUGAAUUAGCUCAAAACCCAAUAGUCAUUCAAUGAGUACAACUUGGGUUCUCUGAAGAUGCUGCUAUUCAGGCAUUGAUGCAAUUCGGCCACAACCAAGAUGCUGUAUUAGAUUAUCUGUUUAGUUUAAACAUUCAGAAUUAA